AUGCUCGAACGGGCGGCCGGCUGCCUCGAGAGCGCGGGAAGGCGUUUCCUUCGAGAUCCCAACGGCACAAUUCGAUCCCGGAGGAGUCUGUCUCGUCAUUUUUGGAAGCAUAAUGCUGCCGGAGGGGAUAUUGCGAGCUGUUUUGUCGCGUUAGUGCUGCCGACAGGUCAACAAACCUUGACUUCAGCUUUUCUAUCUCCCGCCGAGAGCAAAGUUGCCAAAGAUGGAGGCUCGCCAUUCCUCGACUUUCUUUACCCACCAAGAACCCAGGAGUUCGCCGUAUCACGUCUUUCACGCCAAUCCAAGCGACUGGCAUUGCGCCGGAGGAAACGAACGGUGGUUGGCUUUUCGAGACCGUACACAUCGAACGCAUCAUCCCCUACCAAACAAAUCCUUGACGAGGACUCUCAUGCAAACGAACCGAGCCCACAGCCGGUGGGAAUGGAAGCAACCAGAACUUCCAAGGGCUAUCUUAUAAAUUUGUUGGAGCAGCAAAAGGCCGAAUUUGAUCGAGCCUGGGUGCUUUACAUUGCCACUGGAAGGCCAUCCGACUGCCGCUCUGCACUAUGUGCUUACCUCAGUAGGUCGAAGGAUACUGUCGACCGGGAUCGGGCCUGGGAGGCCUUUCAAGGAAUACCCCAAGAGAGCCUUUCGGAAGACGAUUUUUUGCAUGCCGCUGAAUCUCAACUCGGUUCUCGAGAUCCUUCAAAACUGAUAUCUCUGUGCGAACAAGCCUUGGAAAAGGGUUACGAAUCGAAAUGUUGUACAUUAUCAUUCACGCGCUUUUGGAAAGCUCGUAAUUGGAAGCGCGCUCUGGAAAUCUGGCAUUUGGUGUCACAAUCCACAGCACAGCCUGAACCGCCAUACCUGAGUUUAUUCAGUGAACUUGAACAUGGAAGACUGGCUUGGGAUGCUGUGGCAUUCGGAAAAUUCGUCAUGCGUGAACAGAGUCAUGAAGCCCGCUCCUUGGCCGAAUUCCUUCUUGACCACAUUUUCCGUUAUUCUUAUAUGCUCAGAUCUGCCUCCACCGGUGUACUUGUGGAGUUGUUUCGGAUCUAUCACGACUUGGGGCUUUUGAAGCGUGAGCACUAUCUCAGCACGCUAAAUACAUUUCAAACGAGUGAAGCAAGAUCCAUUUUCAUUCGGACAAUUGUGUUUUACCGCAUCAUGCGUCGGCAAAUGCCGGAGACGAGGCCCCCCCAGUCGUUCUUCACUGCUCAGUUGAGAGCCUUUGCCUCGUUUGGAAUUACUUCUGGAGUGCGAUUCUUCCUGGAGGAAAUGACGCAGUUCUACGGAAAGCCACACCUCCAAGUGUACAAAGAUGCCAUGCAAUCGUUUGCACAAGCUGGCGAUGCGGAGAGAGUCAAUUUCUUUUUCGAUAAGCUCGUCGAAGACCAUGGGCCACCACGGAGCCGGAAAUUGUUGACUCCGCUUCUCGACGUCCAUGCACGAACAGGAAACGUGGAAGAAACAAAUAAACAGUUCCAGAGGAUCUCCGAAGAGUUUCAUCUUCAGCCAAAUACGGUGUGUUGGAACAUUUUGCUCAAAGCUUAUGCCAAUGAAGAAAACCUAGCUGGCGCUCUGUCGAUAUUUUCGAAGAUGCAGCAAGCUGGAGUUUCCCCCAGCCCACACACAUUUGGCACAUUGAUGGCUCUUUUUGCUAGAAGGGGAGAUAUUGAGAACACUCGUCACUUGCUCAGCGAGGCGGAACGUCAUGAUGUUGAGAUCACAAUGCCCAUGCUGGACAUGGUGGUCCAGGCGUAUUGCGCCAACGGAUUGUUGCCUCAGGCUGAGCAAUUUGCUGUUGCGUGUAAGGGGUUCAAGGUCCAAGGUUCGCCGCUGGGCAUGUGGAACACCCUUUUGUUUCAAUAUGCAUUCAGAGUGGACUUUGUGGCUCUAAAUCGAAUCUGGCAGCAUAUCCAAUCCGCUGGGAUUCGCCCCGACGCUAUCUCCUAUGCAAGCCACAUGCUCAUUCUGGCAUUAGUUGGCAAAACGGACCGAGCGCGAAAGACCCUGAGGGACCUUCACAAGAAGCGAGUUAUCCAAGCUACGGAUCUUCACUACGCGAUCAUUCUGUAUGGAUAUGUGAAAAGCCGUAACCGCACCAUGGUCCAAGUCAUCUUUAACGAGAUUGAAGAGCGAUUUGGUCAGCCUGGUGCCCGAUCCAGCCUCUUGGAGCUCCGAGGUCAGAUUGAGCACGAUUUGGAGUUCCGGGAAGACACUACCAAGCCCGGUUCUGAGCUACGGUUGAAGAACGCCGAGCAAACCCUACUGAACUCACUUACGUCGAUCGAUCGCCUUACAAAAAGCAUCAAGCUUUCAUCGUCGAAAGGACAUCCCAGUGGCGCUUUCCAGGACUCAUAUUACACCUACCGCAUCAAGAAUUUUGGCUUGAAUGGUGCGAUUGACGAGGCCCGGCAGCUGUUUAGGGAGUACUUCGACACCAAGAAGGCUAUAGGCUCUCGCGAAACAGCAUCUGAAUCUGCCCCGAUCCGCCUCAUCUCCGCUAUGAUGCUGGCGCACUUGAGAGCAGAGCAAUAUCUGGAAGUGGAGGAGUGCUGGCAACUCGCACUCACCAACACUGUCAAGAUAGCAAGUCGAGUUGACCUCGAUGACCUAAUGCGUGCUGACUCGUCAGCUGCGGGUGAAAUUGAUGCAAUGCAGUCAUUGACGGAGGACGGUCAGCCACCAUCGUCUUUGGAUCUUCAAUCCAACGGCCAAGAAGAGAUGGCUGACCCACAUCAACAACCCGGGAUAAUUCCAUCACAGCGGUUCGCCCUCUCGCGCCCCUUGUCCAUUUAUAUGCGGGCUUUAGCCUAUCAGAACAAGACGGACCAGAUUAUUGAGGUUGUGGCUAAAUUUGAAGAUGCCGGUUUCCGGCUGAGCACUUUCAAUUGGUCCACCUACGUCCAGAUGCUGGCGGCCUCUGAUCGAUUCAGCGAUGUUGAAGAGGCUUUCCGAGCAUUCGAGCAUACUUUCAUCCCCAAUUUCCCCGACUGGAAGCGACUUCAGGCUGGACAAGGACUCAAGCCAGAGGGUGUUCCGUUCACUAUCCAGCAGCUUGAAGAUCCUCGACACUUUCCUCCUCCCUCGGGCACUCUCGGUAGAGCUUCCAAAUCAUAUUGGAGCAACAUUGAACCAGGUUUCAUGCAACCAACCUAUGUCUCCAUGGUAUACCUCGCUGCCGCGGUGGAUCGCAUCCGUGAUCUCAGCAUUAUAAAAGGCGGCAAAGAGCUUGUGCAGCUUCAUUCUAUCGCUCCCAAGACGAUCGCAGAAAUUGGCAGGAUGCCGUAUCUUCGCGAUAAAUUCCAGGGCGUGCUCCUUCGUCAUCGCUCUCACCAAGCCGACAAAGACGGACACAAGCGACUCCGUCGACAGACUGUGGCAGCAAGUGGUAUUCUGGGUAUUCGUCCUCGCAACCGACAUUUGGGGGCUCCUGGUCGUUCUGGACGCCCUCAACAAGAGGAGACACCACUACCCGCUGAUGUGACGUUGUCUGCUGACUUGGAGGCCGAGAGAACUCGCCAAGCUGUCUUUGGGCCGUCAGGCUCUGACAUACAGGAGGACAUCUUCUCGGUGGAGGACCGGGCUUAUCUUGAAGAUGCUAUCCGGGGCCGUCACACCCGACAUGUCUAUCUCAAGAAGCGGAGGGCAGUUUCUAAGAUGAGAAACAAGCAAGAAGGUGGUCAUGAUUUGCAUGCCACCGCUCAGAAACCAGAGGAGCUAGUAACGGAGCCUGAGCAAGGUGGACCUGAAGAAGAGUCGGCAACCGAGCAGGCUGUUGAGCGCGUGCAGAAUACAGAGGAGACCCCUGAGCCCUUAGACGAGAAGACACAAUGA